AUGACAACAAUACAGAUCGAUGACUUGGAUAUCGAAUUUCCGUUCGAGGGGUACCCCUCUCAAGUGGAGUACAUGCGUAGUGUGGUGAAGGCGCUUCAAGCGGGGUCCAACGCCCUGCUAGAAUCCCCGACCGGAACAGGCAAAACCCUCUGCUUGCUAUGUGCCUCGCUUGCCUGGUUACUCCGACAGAAAAAACCGCAAACUAAAUUUGUCAGUUCCAUGCGAAAUCGCAUUCAACCCCCGCAGGAUCUCGGUUUGCCGAAGAGUCUUUCACGACAUAAGAUUGUCUACUGCAGCCGAACUCACGCACAGCUCGCGCAGGUGAUACGGGAGUUAAAGCGCACCCGAUACGCGCGCGAGAUUCGCAUGGCUUUGUUAGGCUCACGAGAGCAUAUGUGCGUGAACUCUGAGGUCACCCGCCUGCCCUCCGCCCAGGCGCAGCAGAGCAUGUGCAACCAUCUUCGUGGAAACAAGGCUUGCCGCUUUUUUAGAGGGUUACAAGCGAAGAAUUUCGAAGCCUUUCUCUCCGAGGCGGAUGCGGUGUGCGACCUGGAGGAUCUCGCCGUGGAAGGGAAAAGGAGUGUGUUCUGCCCUUAUUAUCUCGAGCGGGAUGAGUCCAAGGACGCGGAUAUCGUGUUUAUGCCCUACAACUACAUUCUGGAUCCGCUUUUGCGAAAGCAAUUGCCCUUCGACGCGCAAGGGGCCGUUCUGAUCGUGGAUGAGGCGCAUAAUCUCCCCUCCGUGCUGAGCACCGCGGGGUGUUUGAACCUUCCCCCGACGGAUUUAGCGCACGCGAUCCACGAGUGCACCCGCGCCGUCGCGAUGCAGCGAAUUGUGAUGGAAAAGGAAGAAGGGGAGGUCGACGUCGGGGCCGAGGCGAUGCGGGAGCAGGAGUUCGCCGCGCUGAAAAUUCUGCUCUGCCAACUCGAGACCACCCUCGCGGCGGAGCCGAUGGGCGGCGGCGUCGGUUCCACUUCUCACGCCUCCCCCACACGAGGGGGACCUUCCUCGCCUUCUUCUGCUUCUUCGCCUCUGGUGGAGGCCUCGGAGUUUGUUCGACCUGGGGCCGCGAUCGUCGAAUUUCUCGCGAAGGCGUUGAUCACGGAGGAGACUUUCCGCGGGAAACCCGGGGUCGCGGGCGUCAGCGAUGCCAUCUCCACCGCGAUCACGCUCCUGUCGAAGAGCGACAAACCCGCCUCGGGGUUGCCACGGGUGCAGCACUUCUUGGAGACGAUCUUCGCCUCCGACCACGGCGAGUCGACGCGGUUUGUGAUUCAACCCGAGACGCGCGAGGCCUCGUCGCGUCGCGUGUUGGGCUACUGGAAACUCGACAACGCGGCGGAGUUGCUGGAUCUGAGCCGGCGGUUUCACGCGCUCCUCUUGACGAGUGGGACGCUCUCGCCGAUGGAGCACUUCGCGGCGGAGAUGGGGAUCCCAUUCCCGGUGCGGCUGCAAGGGCCGCAUGUGAUUCAACCGGGGCAGCUUUGGAGCGGGGUGCUCUGCCGCGCCCCCGCAGGGGGGGUUCUGAAUGGCAGCUACGCGUUUCGCACGAGUAUCGAUUAUCGGAUCGGGCUGGGGAUGACGUUGGUGAAUCUCAGCCGCAACGCGCCCGGUGGGACCCUCGUGUUCUUCCCGAGCUACACGGCGAUGCGCACGACCGUGGAGUUGUGGCGGACGCACGUGGAGGGGCGGUUUGGGGCCUCGCGGACGAUUUGGAGCCUCCUGGAAGGGCUGAAGCCGGUUUUUGUGGAGCCGACGGAGACCUCCGAGCUGGUUGGGGUCGUUAGUGGGUUUCAGAAAGCCGUGGAUGAGGCGCCUCGCAAGGGCGCCAUCUUUCUCGCCGUUUGCCGGGGGAAAAUCAGCGAAGGUGUGGAUUUCGCGGAUCACCACGGCCGCUGCGUGAUGGUGACGGGCAUCCCGUUCGCGAACACCACCGAUCUCUUCGUUCGCUUGAAGCGGGAGUACCUCACGGAGAUCGCGCCGCGGCGGCCGCUGGUGGGAGGAAAACCCUUUACGGGGGAUUCUUGGUAUCGAAAUGAGGCGAUGCGCGCGGUGAAUCAGUGCAUCGGGCGCGUAAUUCGACAUAAAGACGACUACGGUGCCGUCGUCCUUGCCGACGAGCGGUUCGCGCAGCAGCUGGAGAACCUGUCGGAGUGGGUUUCCGCGCGCACGGCGGUCUACCGCGAGUUUAGGGAGUGCUACGUGGAGGUUUCUCAGUUUUUUACCCGCUACCAACGCACCACGAACGGCCUCGCGCGUCAGGCGAAGCCGGAGAUUCCGUUUGCGGUGGUGUCGAACCCAUCGGUGGCGGCCACGGCCGCGUGUGUGCCGAGCUCCGCCGAUCACGCGAAGAGCUUCGCCACCGAGAAGGAAUUGCGAACGCAGGAGGAAACGCAGGCCUUGCAGCGGCGUCGGCUUGAGGAGGCCAACGAGCACCCAAGCCGGGUGCGCCCACCUCCGGAGGAAACGGAUCGCAACGGAUCUCAUCUUCCCUCCACUCGUCCGCCGAUCAGCAGCGGGAUCGGUGGUUCUCCCGGGUGCGGGCCUCCCGCGCUUCCUAAAAUGGAGCGUCAAAAGCUCGUCGUAGUGACCGAUCUCUGCACGGAACCACCCGAACGCAAGGCUCUCACUUUAGGAAGCACCUCCAAAGAAUUCUGUACGUUUCUGAAGGAACGAGUCUCCACAUCAAGCUACGAUGGUUUCAAAGCGGCGUUAAAGGAGAUUGCAGAGCUGCGUCGGGUGGGUGCGGACCAAGGCCUGGUUAAGGAAAACAUGAGGUGUGUCGUCGAUAGGCUCUCCGCGAUAUUUCUUGAGGCCGAUGCAGCAGGGAUAUCGGUUGUUGUGGAAGUAUUCAGUCGGCAUAUUCCUGAAGAGUUGCGUGCACUUUAUUGUGAUCUCAUGCAUUCUAAGACGAAACGGACCUAA